GGUGAAAGAUAACCUGAGUAAACAUAAUGUUAAAUGUGAUUAGAGAGACUUUAUAUAGCUUGGAUUCCAUCUUCCUGUCAGUUGGAAAGAAGACUUUCAUUAAAUUGAAACAACAUGAAAAUUCCAUUAAGCUUAAUAGUCCUGCUUUAUUUAGGUUUCUGCUUUAGCGAAGAAGAAGCAGAGGUAGAGGAUGCUGGAGAUAAUCCUCCUGAAGAUCUAGGCUUGUUUGAGGACAAUCUUUCUGGUCAUGAGAUUUUCUCUGCCAUCCUGAACCUUGCUAGUGGAGAUAACAUGACCCCAGAAGAAGCCGGGGAGGCUUUAUCGAAUAGCAACAACAAUGAAUCUCAAGGUUUAUCUGUUGACAAGAAAUUCUUCUUCUGGCCCUGGGGGUGGGGAUGGGGAUGGGGAGGCUGGAGAGGAUGCAGAAAACAAAUCUGUUACAGCAUAGGCUCCAUUGCUUUAAUUCCUGUAUGCGGUUAUGAUGUUACAUUGGGGUAUAGAAGUUUCCGCAACUCUUGCUUCCUUAAUGCAACAAACACAUGUUACCAGACCAAUUACCUAUUGAACCGCACAGGAUUGUGCUAACAACAAUAUCUUUAUACUUUUUCAAAACAGACUGUAUUGUAAAUAAUGUUCUGAAUAUUGACAAAUUAAAUAUAAAACAAGUUA